AUGGAGAUUUCCACAGAACUUCCCAUGCUGGUCUCCAAUAUUUCAGACAGCUGCCCUCCUGUGGACAUGACCACCGAGAACACCAUCUUCGGCUUCUUCUACAUCCUGAUCUUCUUCUUGGCUCUGAACGGGAAUAGUUUGGCAUUAUGGAUCUUCUCGCACCAACGUGGCACCACCUCCUCUCCGGCAAAUGUCUUCUUGAUCCACCUCGCCAUCGCCGACUUGUCCUACGUGAUCAUCUUGCCCCUCCGCGCCACCUACCAUCUCACCAGCGGACACUGGCCUUUCGGGGAGGUGCCUUGCAGAGUGGCUGGAUUUUUAUUCUAUGUCAAUAUGUAUGCUAGCUUGUACUUCCUAGCGUGCGUAGCUGGGGAUAGGUAUCUGGCUGUCGUCCAUGCUGUGAGGUCUCUUAAAGUCCGCCGGGCUCGUUGCGCUCACAUUAUUAGCUUCUCGCUUUGGGCCUUAGUCACUAUUUCCAUGGCCCCGCUCCUCAUCUCUCACCAGACCGCAGAAGUUGAUGGUGUGACAGUGUGCUUACAGCUGUAUCGCGAAAAAGCAACGCGCAAUGCUCUGAUUUCCUUAGCGGUAGCAUUCACGCCACCUUUCCUAGUUACUUUAUCUUGUUACCUGCUAAUAAUUAAAAGCUUACAUCACGGUUCAAGACUAGAGCCGACUCUUAAACUCCGAGCCCUGCGCACCAUUGGUCUAGUGCUGCUGAUCUAUGUGGUAUGUUUCUUGCCAUAUCACGUUAGCAGAGCCACUUUCAUUUUGGGAUACAACCACCCCGGUAUUUCAUGUGGGACGCGCAGAGGGCUGAGUUUGGCCAAUCGCCUCACCUCUUUGCUCACCUGUAUGAAUGGGGCCUUGGAUCCGCUGGUGUACCUGUUUGGGGCAGAGAAGUUUCGAGGGACCCUCACCAGACUGCUGUGCAAAGACAAAGGCAGCUUGUCCGGCGCAACGAGUGGAGAGCUAAAAGCAACACAUGAGAGCUCUGUCAGUGCCAAGUCUGAGUUUUAAGAGCCUAAACUCGUCAAUUAAUAGAUCCUAAAAUUAUUAAAAAUACCUCUUAUCAAACAACUGUUAGUGUUUAUGUUGCUUUACUCAAUUUAAAGGAACUGUAUGUAUCUUGUGCUCAAAGGUGCCUGCACGUACAGUAGAGGGCACGCAGGGCAGUAAACUGGGGGUGGGGGUGUUUUGGGAUUUAGGGACCCAGAAUU